GUUUGAUCUGAACAAGUUCAGCAUUUCCACUGAUGUAGUAUCGGAGUGAUCCCGGCAUUUCAAUAUUGCUGUGGUAUGACCCCUCGUGAUCACCCACAGAAGAUGUCAAUAAUUGGAGAGCAAGUGAAUGUAGAAGGAAAACACCUGUACCAGCUCACUGGAUGCAUGUCAGCAGCAGAAUUGCGUCACAGGCAAGAGAUAAUGAUGAGGAACCAGAUGAUGGCAGGCAACCCCCAAGUUGUGGCACCUACCCAACAGAGAAUGCCCUUGAUACAGUCCCAGUUUGAGCCCCGCAUGCUAGAGAGAGAAUUGCUGCCAUCUGGAGACCUAAUCCUUCCCAAUGACACAAGGCAACUACAUGUGGCAUCUCAGUUUGGUCCCUCCCUUACGGCACAUACAGGCAUACUCUCCGACAGAGUCUUCUCAAGUCUAGGGUACAGUGUUCUGCAAACAGACCCUAUGGAUUUUAUGGCUAGGAGACAGGGACUACUGCAGAAACACAAUAUGAACAGAAUGGAACUGGAAAUGAAUACCAUGUACCCGCCUAGAGAGAUUGAUAAAUCACAAAGGAAAGGCUUUGCUGAUUUGGAUGCACCAUUUCUCUUCCACGGAAUGUCAUCAAAUCCAAUGGCAGUCAGAGGAAGACAGAUGGUUCCUGAAGGCCACCUUCCUUCUGAUGUGUUUGUACAUCGAAAUGCCUUUGAGAGUCUACAUGGCCAUGCAAUGCUAAAAACGGCCAGCCCAUACCCUUCGAUGAGCAAUAUACACAGAGAACGAGUCCGCAGGCCAGGCAGAAGAGCUGGCAAUCAAAAGGCUACAGAUAACCAUAUGGGUGUUCCAAAAAUACAAACAGAUAAUAAGCCACCUUCCCCUCCUGUCCCUACUGAUGAAGAGAAGGAUGAGAAGAAAGAGGAAGAAACUGAGACAAUUCCCAAAUGCGAUCAGGUGAAGACAGAAGUACAGUCUGCCUUAUAUAAGAGUUCUUCCGAAUUGCAAGAUCCUCACAAAAAGAGCAACCAGAAUAUUCCAAGAGAGAUCACUACUAGCAGGAGUGAGAGGGACAAGGGACCUAACAAUCCUGGAACAGCUUUUGAGGACAGAUACAUCUACCAGCCUCCUGUAAAUCUCUCAGGAACUCCAUAUAGUUAUCCACUAACCAUGAACUCCCCACUGCUAGCAGGUCCCCAAAGUCUCUUUUUAACUGGAGAAGACUUACCCUCAAUGGAGGACAUUCACAAAUGGAACUCUCAGGAUGUGUAUAAUUUCAUUCUUAAUCUUCCAGGUUGUUGUAGUUAUGCACAGGUCUUUAAAGAUCAUGAUAUUGAUGGAUUAACAUUACCACUGCUCACAGAAGAACAUCUCCUAGACACAAUGGGACUUAAACUUGGACCAGCACUUAAAAUUCGGUCACAGUUUUCCUGCCGUUUGGGUAACAUUUUUCAUAUGCCAAGCCUGCAAAUGACUGGACCUAUUCCAUCCGCUGCACCAAUGCCACCUGAUCCUCCAUCUGAAGUUGUGUCCCCACUUCCAUGUAAUAACAAUGUUGACAUUCUGCCAAGUCCUGCCCCCCAGGAGCAAAACCAGCUGAAGCCUGACGAAAUAACGCCAGAAAAUAAAGAGAAUCCAUGUGAUUUAUCAGUGGAACAAACUGAUUUUCACCUGAACUUAUUAAAAAGUUGACCAAGGACUUAUAAAAUGUAAAUGAAGGAUUUGGUACUUUUUUUAAAUUCUGGAUCAGGUAUUCAAUUUAAGUUGUUAAACUGUGACUGGAAUUCUAUAUGCCGCCUUCCAAUGUUGACUUUAUCAAGCACUCUAUUUAAGCAUUAUU